GGGCUCCGCGGUUCAUCCCCCAUUCCCAGCCCGCUUCCUUCCUCCGAUCCUCCCCGCGCAGGCGCAGCUACUCUCCUCCCAAAUCCGCGAAAGCGCAGGUCGAGCAAAUCCGCUUCUCUGCCAACCCCGCUUGCUCCGUCGGAAGGAGGGUAGUGGAAGCAGGAGGAGGAGGAGGAGGAAGAGGAAAAUGUCGUCGCUGCGGAACGCGAUCCCGCGGCGGGCUCACAAGGAGCGCGCCCAGCCGGAGGCGAGGAAGAAGUUUGGGCUUCUGGAGAAGCACAAGGACUAUGUCGUCCGGGCGAAAGCUUACCACCGCAAGGAAGAAACCAUCAGGAAAUUGAAGGAGAAGGCAGCGUUCAAGAACCCAGAUGAGUUCUACUUUAAGAUGAUCAACAGUAGGACUGUUUGUGGAAUUCAUAAGCCUAAGCCUGAAGCAAAUAAGUAUACCGAAGAGGAACUUCUGCUUUUGAAAGAUAAAGAUAUGGGAUACAUGCUUCAGAGUAUUCAAAGUGAAAAAAAGAAAAUCGAAAAAUUAAGCUCAAUGCUUCAUGAACUGGAUAGCAAGCGUUCAAACAAGCAUGUUUACUUUGCUGAAGAUAGAGAAGAAGUGAAAGAAUUACAAUCCAGGAUAGAACAAAGCAGCAACUCACCUGGUUUUCACAACAUCCCUUCCCGUAUAAAGAAGAAGACAGCUUCUUCAUACAGGGAAUCAGAAGAGAGGAAACAGAGGCUUCAAAAGCUUGAGAAACUGUAUGCAGACAUGGCAUUGCAAAAGGAAUUGAAGAAACCUGGACGCAAGAGGAAACUCCGUGAAGAUGAGAUGGAGACUCCAACAUCACAGCCUGUUUACAAGUGGCGGGCGCAAAGGAAGCGGUGAGAUAAUAUGAAUGGCUGACAAAUGAAAGGAAACGUGAAGUAUUUACCAGUGGAAGUACUGGUCGUACUGGCAGAUGGACGCUGGCGCUUGAAGAGUUUUUCCCGAAUCCUAAAGCACUUACAAGUAACAGUGGCCCUCCACUGAGUACUGCAACUACUGUAUUUCUGUUCUUUGCUAAAUUGUUGGGCAAACAGAAUUAGGAUAAGCUGUAAGAACAACUUCGAUGGAUGUGAUAAAUUGGAACCUGUGUGGUUCGAUUCACUGGA